AUGUCGAUUCCAAAUCCUUAUGGACUCUAUUGCAUAGUGGAGCUCAACUAUAACAGUGUAUUUGUUCGCAAUCCCUUCUCUUAUGCUAAUGGCUUUAUGUAUACAAUAGAUGAUAAUCAUUUAUCUGGUCUCACAUACUCCGAGUUUGUUACUUGGCUUCAGCCUUUCAUAUUAGAUGCUUACAGAACAGAUGGAAAAAUUUAUGUAUAUGUUAACCAAGUUGGUGUUGAAAUAGUACAAUGGUUUGGUGAUGAACUCAAUGAAGAAGAUGGUCAUGAUUCUUCCAUCAUGGGUGGGGAUAUUGAGGAUGAACUGGAUAACUUGAUGGAUGUUGUUGUUGAUUCUACAAGUGAAACUGUUAUUAUGAACAAAAACAUCAAAUGA